AUGCCUGCUCUACCACAGUUGAGUCUACCACAAUUGACUCUACCAACUCUUCCGCCACUACAGCUCCCUUCACUACAACUUCCUCCACUACAGCUACCGUCACUACCGGGUCUCUUCCCACCAGCAGGACCACAAUGCUGCCCACCUCCACCAGUUCAAAAUCCAUGUAUACCAUGCGGACCGCCACCGUCAUGUGCUCCAUGUGGUGGUGGUGGAGCGGUACCACCUCCGACGCCUUCUUGUACACCAUGUGUAUGUGUGCCUUGUGGACCACCGCCGCCACCUCCAACGCCCCCUCCGACACCUGCUUGCGUACCAUGUGUAUGUGUACCAUGUGGACCACCUCCACCGCCUCCAACGCCUCCUCCGACACCUGCUUGCACACCAUGUAUAUGUGUGCCUUGUGGGCCACCGCCUACACUUCCUCCGCUACCUCCUCCCACACCUGCUUGUACACCAUGUGUUUGUCCACCAUGUGGUGGACCUCCACCAAUGCCAACAGGAGGUGGUUACGCUGUUCCACCAACAGGAGGUGGCUACGCUGUUCCACCAACAGGCGGUGGCGGAUACGCAGUUCCACCAACAGGAGGUGGAGGAUACGCAGUUGGAGGAAAAUAA